AUGCCUGUGACCAGACUGAAGCUGGGGAAGCUAAAGGUGGUGCGGCGGCAGCUGCUGCAGAGGUAUGAACACCAGCCGUUUGUCUCCUGCCUGGCCGGCCUCUAUGGUUGCCAAUGGAGACGAUACCAGAGAGCCAGGGCUCAGCCAGGAGAGUGCUGCUGCAGCAAGGUGGAGUGUGGCAGUUUUGGCCUCCUGAUCCUCACCUUCUUCCUGAGUUUUUUAUUCCUCUAUUUCUGGAGUGAGGCUCAGAACGACUACAUCGACUUUGACUGGUUUAACUUUGGGACUCUGGGCUUCUGGUUUCCCUGGUCUCUGGUCCUGCUGGUCAUCGCUGCUGCUCUCUUCACAUACAUCGCCCUGCUAUUGGUGCUGGCAGUGUGUCUGCUCACUGAGGGGCAGAGGCUGUACCUUCACUGGAGCCACAAGACUGGCAUCGUGGUGGCAUUGGCCUUCUCUGUCACCGCCACCGCCAUCUUGUCUGACCUCUGGAGCAAAGAAUGGAAGACUCUCCUUCUCUCGCUGCAGGUGACAGCGCCUUUCCUCCACGUCGCCGCCGUCUCACUUAUGGCGAUUCUCUCCUGGCCAAUAGCGUUGCACUUCUUUCGCAUGAACAAGAGAGUGCGUCAGGUGGCUGUCCUGGGACUCUACCUGUCCGUGCUCUUCUCCCUCUACCUAGUCCCUCUGGGAAUGUACUCGCCCUGCAUUAAAGAAGCAGGAACACUGGGACCCGCCCCGAAACUCAUCGGACACAGAGGAGCUCCGAUGCUUGCUCCGGAGAAUACUUUGAUGUCGUUUGAGAAGGCAGUGGAAGCUGGAGGAGAAGGACUGGAGACGGACGUCACUAUCAGUUAUGACGGGGUUCCCUUCCUGAUGCACGACUCGACUCUGAGGAGAACCACCAAUGUCGCAGAGGUUUUCCCAAAUCGAACAUACGUUGACGCCUCCAUGUUCACCUGGGCCGAGCUGCAGCAGCUGAAUGCUGGAGACUGGUUCUUAUCGAGGGAUCCCUUUGGGACUGUGUGGUCCCUGUCUGAGGCAGACUGCUCGCAGGCCCAGAACCAGUCUGUUCCCUCACUGGCCCAGUUUCUGGAGUUGGCGGCCUGUAGCGAUAAAGUGGUGCUGUUUGACCUGCACAGGCCCCCUCAUGGACAUCCCUACUAUCAGUCGUACAUCAACACCACUCUGCAGGUGGUGCAGGCCCACAUCAACUCCUCACAGGUGCUGUGGCUGCCCUCUGAAGAUAGGAAGCUGGUCCAGGCUGUGGACCCAGAGCUGCAGCAGACCUCUGGAGAAAAGGCGUCUAUUCAGGAGCUGAAGGACGGCCACAUCUCCAGACUAAACCUGCACUACAGCACCAUGUCACAACAACAGUUCAGUAAGUACCAGUCGGUGAACAUCAGCACCAACCUGUAUGUGAUCAGCCAGCCGUGGCUCUACACUCUGGCCUGGUGUGCUGGAGCUCAGUCCGUAACCACCAACUCCGUCCACAUCCUGUCCAACAUCAACAAGCCGCUCUUCCUCAUGACUCCAGAGGAAUAUAAUUUGAUGUGGAUUCUGACUGAUGCUGUCUCGGCCUUCCUCAUCAUUGCAGUUUUCAUAUUCCACUGGUGGAGAGAGAGAGGCCUGCCCUUCUGGUCCGGCAGCCGUCAGACUCACGAGAACGGACCAUACAGCAAGUUCAGGACGGAGCUGAGUGACGUGUGGUCCAUCUCCAGCGCCAACGUCCGGCCCGACCUACGGAGUGUGCCCGGUUCACCCAGUACCCCUCACCUGCCCACCAUCACAGAGGAGUGA